AUGGCUGUUAGAAUAGUGUCUCCACUCGAAACGAUUGAAAAGUUAGCUCAGACAAACAACGAUAUCAUAGCACAACUAAACACAAACAAUGAUAUGACACCACAACUAAAUACAAACCAUUAUAGCAUGGCACAAUCAAACGAAAACAGCAGAUCGACAAUGAAUUUAGUAACUUAUCAUAUUACACAUUCGAAUGGAGCACUUUUUGUUCAGGAACAGAACACUCAUAAAUAUUGCAAUCAAUUCCUUAAUGACUGGCGAGGUAAAAUUGAUAUUCAGGAAAUUUCUGAUGUAUUCAAUGAUAAAAUUAAUUAUUCGUGCACGAACUAUCAAGAUCUUCAAAGAUUAAACAAAGACAUGCUGAUUGCCGUGAGAAAAUAUGAACUAUUUGGUGGCAGUGAUAGCGCACAACGAGAACUUAGUAAAUUUCAGGAAAAUUUCGUGAAAAUUCAAGCAGCAUUGCGCCAGCUCUCUGAGCUAAUCACAACCGGUGGUAGUGGUCAUUUAACUAGCAUUCGAGAGCAAUUAGAUAAGAUCAAUAAGCAGCUGAAGUUAUUAUGGAAUCAACAUGGAAAUAUUGUAUUUAACCAAGAAAAUAGAAGGCGUUGA